AUGAAUGCAGUGUUCCAAGACUCGCAGCUUCGCCCGCUCGAUAAGGUGAUCCGCCUUUCUCGUGAUAGCAUUAACGAACUGCAAUCACUUUUGUGGCUGGCUCCCUUGUUUGUUUCGGACCUCCGUUGCUCUUGCGUGCCAUCGCUUUUCGCGCUUGACGCUUCACCUUUUGCGUCCGGCAUGGUUUCAGCGCCACUGGCUGAGAGCAUUGUGGCCGAACUGUGGCGUCACGGGGAACAACGGGGGUACUACACUCGUUUGGAAAGCCCCGCUACCGCCACUUUGCGAGAACUUGGACUGGAAACUGAGGCUGCUUUCGGCGCGGCCCCUGUUGAUCAUCCUUCGCUGGAUGUUCCUGUGCCUGCUUCGCUGCGCGAAGGUUUCCUGUUCGAUUGUGUCGAGCUGUUCAGCGGUGAGACUCACUGGACCGAUGCUCACGCUCGCGCUGGUUUACACUGCCAUGCUGGGUUCGACACCUCCCAUCCUCGCAGGCGGUUCUCGGACCUUAGCGAUCGAGCCGUGUUUUCUGAAGUGCUGGCGCUUGCCGCCCGCAGAGUGGUUCGUGAGUGGCGCUGCGGUCCUCCGUGUCUGACUUUCGGCACGCUUAGGCGCCCUCGCAUUCGGUCAAAACUGUACCCGUCUGGUUUCAACCCUGAUGACCCUCUGACGGCCCUGCGCAAUCUGCUCGCCCGACGUGUUGCUUUUCUGUGCUGCAUUAUUGCCCUCACCGGGCAAUUCUUCAGCAUCGAACAGAUGGCGGCCGGCAGCCUGCAGCACAAAAACGGCAUUCAGCAAUCCAUCCCGCUCUCUGCGCGGCUCAGUUCUCUCGAGGAGGUCGACUCUGAGCUCGCCCUUGAGCUUCCCCCAGGUUUCGAUGAGAUUACAGCUGAUAGCCGCGAGUUCUUUGAUGAUCCUGAGUGGAUUGGCGAGCUCGCCGAUUCACUGCCCUUCAAAGAGCUGCUUCGUUAUCGCUUCUCCCGACCCGGGCACAUAAAUGUGUUGGAAACCAGGACCUUCAAAUCCUGGCUCAAGUGGUGCGCCAAGCGCCAUCCGAACUCCCGCAUGUUGGCGCUCAUGGACUCGCGUGUGUUGCUCGGUGCCUCGAGCAAAGGCCGUUCUUCAAGUCCUGCCCUUUCCAGGGUUCUUCGCAGUUCGGUGCCUUACAUCCUGGGCGGCAGGUUGUACCCUGCCGGCCUUCAUGUGUACUCCGCCAAAAACCGCAGUGACGGCCCUCCCGCUGGACUUCCGUCCCAGGGCCUUCCAAGGCUGAGCCGCUUUGGCUCUCGGACCUUCGCAAAGGCCGGCUUGCCUAGGUACCUCCUAGUUUACGCCAUCACUGCCGUUCAGGAUUCUCAUCCUCACUUGCGCAAUCAGCUCACCCCCGCCUGGCAAAUUGACAAAAAAUGGCAGCAAGCCGAGCCCGGCGAAUGCCGUCCUGUCAUUUCCAAGCCCGUGCUGCUUGCCGCUGUGAGCGUUGCCAUUUUGUGGAACUGGCACGACUGGGCUGCCAUAACUCUCAUUGGUUUCCUGUGUAUGCUGCAUCCUUCUGAGUUCAUCGCCCUCACGCGUGGUGACCUCAUCCUUCCUUCCGAUGCCCUUUCUUCUGAUCGGGUCGCCUAUGUGUACAUUCGCAAUCCCAAGACGGCUCGCUUCGCCCGCCGGCAGCACUGCCGUUUGGAGGACAGCCUCACUCUGUCCUUCCUUGAAGCUUUGUUCACUCACGUGCCCUUGGAUCAGAAGUUGUUCCGGGCCUCCAUGUCUGCAUACCGCAAUGAAUGGAAUGCUGUUAUGGCGCGCCUUGAAGUGCCUCACACCCUGGCUCAGCGUGGUGCAACCCCAGGCGUGCUCCGUGGGAGCGGGGCCACUUUCUUGUAUUUGGAAGCGGAAGACCUGCCUCUCGUGGCCUGGCGAGGCCGUUGGGCCCGCACCAAAACCGUGGAGUUUUACCUUCAGGAA